AAAAAAGAAAAAAAAAAAAAAAAAAAAAAAGGCGGAUUCAUUAACGCAACAAAAAAAAAGAAAUCACAUCUCACACAUCACAUCCUGUCAUGUCCUUUUUACGCUCACGUCCACCUAUUCAGACCAAUCGUGCACAGCAGCGCAGAGCCCUCGGGGCAGGCACAGGCGUCGGUACUGGCCCUACUAUUAAGCGAAAGAUUGAAAAGCCUGCGCCCCAGGCAAUACCUGAGAAUCAUACGGACUAUAAGCUGGUUUCAACCUCACGAGAUGUCUUGCAUCAUGUUAUGCGUUUUCAUGGAACAAAAGAAGUGGACCCAUCUACAUUCACUGCACCUGUCAAGUUGCAACGCAAGCGAAAUGAGACCAACCAUUACUAUCGCGGAUAUAACUAUCAAAACAAAUACAAUAACCAAAAUAAUAAGACAGGCGAUGACAAGAAGGAUGGCGCCACCACAGGGGCAGGAGGUGGCGCUAACGGAGGUACCCCUGGGGCACCAUCAACAGGCCCAACAACAGGAGCAGACACAUCCUUGAUUGCACCCUAUAGCGGAGCGAAGCGGACGAGACAGAUUUAUAUUGCUAAUGAAGAAGAACGGAAGAAAAAGGAGAUUGAAGCUGCACCUUGGGUCAUUGAGGACUAUGAUAGUAAAAACAACUGGACCGGCCAACUCGAAGGAGGCCAACACGCAAACUAUGUCCUGUUUGUGUUUUCAGAUGACGGUUUUAAAGUCGUACCUGCUGAUAAGUGGUACAAAUUCUCUCCAAAGAUUCCAUAUACAACCCUUACUGCCGAGGAGGCUGAAGAGCAGUAUCAAAAGUCACAGAAGCAGAACAAUAACAUCCGAUGGCUUAUGAGAUCCAAGAACAAGACAAAAGCAGAAGACGGCGAGGAAGGCGUUGAAGAGGAUGCGGGACAUGAACAAUUGAUGACUGUUGAUCAUGAGGAUGACGUUGGAUACGACGAAGAUGAGGCUAAGGAACGAAAGAAAAAACGCGGAAAACAUGGUGAUGUGGAUGAAAUGGACUUUGAUGAAGUCUGGCAAGAUGACGAAGAGAUGCCAGCCGAGAUGCCAGGAUUUGAAGAUGACGCCAAGGACGAUUCCCGGAGAAACCAAGGGCCAUCUAUGGAUUCUGAUGAAGAUGAGGAUGAAGAGGAUGAUAGGGGUCGUUUGACCGAAACUGGAAAAGCGGUUAAAAAAGCUCUUUUGAAAUUGCAAAAGAACAAGGUCUAUGCAAGUGAUGAUGACAAAGAUCCAUAUGCGAGUGAUAAAGAUUCGUCCGAUUCUGACUUAGAUGAGGUUGAUAAAGAGAAAGAAAUGAAGAAGGAGGACGAGUCGAAUCCUUUAUCACAAGAGACAGCUAAACAAAAGGGCAAGGGCAAAGCCAAUGCUAAGGCGCCAUUGAUUGCCAAGAAGGCGAACGCUGCCAAAGCUGCCACACCCAAUAAACCCGUCACUGCCAAGGCGGUCAAGACUAAAGUACCCAUGCCGACGCCCCGGAAUGUCAAUGCGAGCGCCAAUGUCAAGACUGGGGCUUUAUCUUCUCAAAGUCCAAAACUGCCUAGCAACGGCAUUGCAUCCUCCCCUGCUGCGGCUGGGGUAGUUGAGAAGAAGCGUAAGAAAAUGGGCGAUGCUAACGAAGCGGCAGAUGAUGGCCCAAGUAGAAAGCAGCCUCGAUCUAAUGAGCUGGCACCAUCAGCACCAUCAUCAAGUGCUAAUGCUCCUGCAGAUACUGGAGCACCUGGAGAUGAUUCAAUGCUUAUUACAGAGGCAGAAGUGAUAGCGCUACUCAAGAGUCGACCACAGGUGACCACCCGCGACUUGAUUGUGGACUUGAAGAAGAAGCUGCGGAAGGAACCUCGUAACAAAAAUAUCCUUGCUGCUAUUGUUAAGAAAGUAGCAACACCUCAUGACGGCAUUCUGGUGCUGAAGGAAGGCUUGUAAAAAAAAAAUAGCCUGUUGCUGCCUCUAUUUUAUGCAGGACAUUUGUGUUGGAGAGAUUAGACUUGUUCUUUUAUUAGUUACUUUGAAGUCUUCUCCACUUUCUUAUUGUAAAAAUAAAGACGACGGUUG